AAAAGCCACAAAAUCAUAAAAAGCCCAAUACAUACAAAAAUGUCACUUUCCCUUUACAGCCCAUUUGUUGCCACUGGACACUUCCAUUGCAACCACCGAAACCAUAUCUCGCCGCCGUCGACGGCGUUUGCUUCACCACCGUCUCUGUAUCAACGGAGAAGAGAGAGAAGAAUCUUUUCAGCUCGCUCGUUGGAUUUUCCGAUGGAGGUUUGUGGCGUCGAUUCUGAAGGGAAAGAGUUUAGUAGCGCACAAGAGAUGUGGAGGGAAGAAAUUGGAGAAGGAGAUGAAACGAAGAAAACUCAAUGGUACAGAGACGGAGUUUCUUACUGGGAAGGUGUUGAAGCUUCUGUUGAUGGAGUAUUAGGAGGAUAUGGGCAUGUGAAUGAUGCCGAUAUCAUAGGAAGUGAGGUUUUUCUCAAGACUCUUAUGCAAGAGAGAUUAGUAAAUGGAGGAACAAAUCAGCAUCUAGUAGCUCUUGAUUGUGGAUCUGGCGUUGGGAGGAUCACCAAGAAUCUCCUGAUACGGUACUUCAACGAGGUUGAUCUUCUCGAGCCUGUAGCGCAAUUUCUAGACGCAGCGCGUGAAAAUUUGGCUUCUGCGGGAUCAGAAACGCACAAAGCAACUAACUUUUUCUGUGUCCCGCUUCAGGAGUUUACUCCAGCUGCUGGAAGGUACGAUAUCAUAUGGGUUCAGUGGUGCAUUGGUCAUCUCACCGACGAUGACUUUGUUUCUUUCUUCAACAGAGCAAAGGGCUGUCUCAAACCUCGUGGUUUUUUCGUCGUGAAAGAGAAUCUCGCUAAGAAUGGAUUUGUUUUGGAUAAAGAGGAUCGUAGCAUCACCAGAUCGGAUCCGUAUUUCAAACAGCUCUUUCGUCGUUGUGGGUUACAUCUCUAUAAAACAAAGGAUCAAAAGGGUCUUCCGCAAGAGUUGUUUGCUGUGAGAAUGUAUGCUUUAACGGUUGAUAUACCACCCAAAGUCCACAAAACCAGAUCGAAAACUCGUGGCAACAGACCACAGAUUAUCAAAUGACAAGCUUCUGAUUUUUGGGUUUUAUGGAGUCUUGAAUCUUUUGAUUAAAGAGAGAAGCUUACCAAAUGUGUUGUAAGCUUUGAUUGCUUCAAGGAAGGUUCACAGUGACGUGGUUUGGUUUUUGGCCUGUUAUAAAUCUACUGUCCUUGCCUCGUUUGUGCACCUUCUUGUUCAUUCACUGUCUGAUCAUUUGUCCGAACUUGAAGAUAUUUGUACUAAAAUUUACGCAUAAGCUCGAGGAUACCCUUCCAGUGGUCAUCUGAAUCUUUGUUGCUUUCAUAUGAAUCAUUUCUGCAAUUGAGGAGCCUUUUUUUGUUGAGUUGUUGCGUUCAUCUCCAAACUUGAAACAUAAAAGAUAAUACAACUGUUUUUUUCUCU